ACUUGAAAUUGAACAAUGGAAAUUACUUACAAUUUUUUUACAUUGUUGAAAGGUUUGAUAAUCAGCGCUGAAUCAGAUUAUCGUCAUAAUAAAAAUUACUAUUAUUGUAAGCGGCAUACCGGAAGAAUUCCCCAGCCACCCUUUGCUUUGCUGUUGCCGAUAGAGUGCAACAUAUUUCGUUUAUUUCAUAGCCAUUUAUUUGCCCAAUGUCUUCCAGAUCAGGUCCAAGAGCUACAGGAACAGAUGGAAGGGAUUUUCUUCACAGAGAAACUGUGGCUGGUCACUACAAAGUUAGUGCCGUGAACAAAUCUCGGAUGAAAUUAAUUGCCGUUUUACACACUGCCUUAUUUAUGCUUUGGAUUGGCCGCCUUCUUCCAGACCUUAUGGGAUACUUGGGAAUGAAAGCACCUGCUUCUCUGAUGGCUUUACCUAGGGCAAGUCUAUGGGAGUUUGCAUGGCUGCCAAGCAUCCUCGCUGCACUCUUUGCCUACCUUGCACUACAACGCAACAGGAGUAUUCUUAUGCAGCAAUUCAUUUUGGGAACUGUAUUGUUUGGUCUUCUUCCCAUCUUUUAUGGCAUCUACGAUUAUUCUGAUGAUUUAAGCAGCUUUUUAAAUAACAAAGGCAAAGCAAGAAAACUGUUUGGAUUUCCUUUUGUGACCAUUUUGUACAUGUUCAUUGCUGUUGCCCUUCAAGUUCAUGGAUUUGGAAUUUAUAUUGCAACACAAUUAAUUUCUUCAUGGAAACCAAAAGUGCAAAAGAAAGCAAACUGAAUUAAUUUAGCUUUCAGUAAAAUCAUAUAAGUACAUCAUGACUUUGUCCUUUGUCAGCAAUAUCAAUGACAUCAGAAACCCAAGUGCAAUUUGUAACACACACACAUACAUUUAUUUAUACCAGUUGUCCAAGCUGAUAUUUAACUGUCCAGUUUUGACCUUUUUGUUUUACUUAUUUAUCUGAAAGAGUCCACCUAAGGGAUAGAAAAAUUUUCUGUCUAUAUAUUGCUUGUAUGAAGUUUGAUGAUCACAAGUUUCAUUGUUUUGAUUUGCAUCCUCCGAUUGGUCUUAGAAAAAGGAAUUUUAGCAAAGUAGACUGAGUCGAAGAAAAUUUGUUUUGAAGACGGUGAAUACCCUGAUCUCUGUAACAUAUGAUAUGGAUUAAUGGACACUCUCUCUCUCUCUCUCUCUCUCUCUCACACACACACACACACACACACACACACACAGCUCAGGAAAUUAUUUUGAUGUUUGGAGCUUUUCUAUGCAAUAAUAAGAUUUUCACUGAAUGUUUUAUCUGUCUUUUAAUAAGUGAAAACCUGAUAGAUAGCUGACAAGAAGCAAAUGAAAAAUAUCUUGCUUAAUAAAGGGGAGAAUAUGA